AUGCCCGCUUAUCCUGAUCCGUUGGAGUUGGCGGAUGACGGCAGCGACAGCGAAUCAAGCGUCUACGACGACGAGAUCAACAUUGACGAAUACGAUGUCGACGAACCCAACGUGCAGAUCUUGGAGCAGUCCCCCCUAAAGGACUCGGAUUCUGCAGGAAACCGUGGAGCCGCGGUCGAUCCCCGGCCGCGUGCCAAGUCUAUUGAUCUCUCUAGAAUCGCGGAGGAUGACGACGCGUGCGAACUCGCUGAAGGCACACCCGAGCCCCAGUCCGGGCCCUCGCGGAAGGAGCCCUCGGCGCGAAGGCAGAUCCGAGCGGUCGCUGCAUCCAUAUCUGCUGCCAAGGCACAGGGACCCGUUGUUGAGGAGCUAGACCUAGGCUCCUCGGCUUCCUCGCUGGACAGCCUCCUUCUCGAUAGCCCGUCGAAGAAGCCUACGAAAACGCGGACACAAACGGCAUCCGUGAAACGUCCUCAAUCCCGCGCCAUCCCCAAGAGGCUCGCCGACCCAGCUCCACAACAAAGCCCCUUGACCAUGGCGGCUAUUGCAGCCAAGCUUGCGGCCUCGGAGCGAGAGGCUGAUGCUGCGCGCGUAAGGGCGAAACUCAAGGCGGCGCGUAUGACGAAGCGCAAGCCGGAGCCCGCGCCGGCCGCCGUUACGGAGGACGUGGUUGCUGCGGCCGAGCCAAGCAAGGAUGUCGGUGAUCCGGUCAAGAAGGACCCUCUCCCUCUUCCGCGAGUCGAUGCUCCCGAGGGGGAGCUGUAG